CGCGCGCCCGCCGGAAGGAAGGAGCCGCCAUUACAGGAGGAGACUCCCGAGUCACCCGGAUACACCCGGAAACCGCGGCUGGGGACCCGCAGUCACCCGAAUCACCCGGAUAUACGAAGCGGCUGCGUCCUUCUCCAGAGUAAGGCCGGAUGCAGGUUGAGGGGAGCCGCCUCUAGGCCGCACUGUCCCCGGUCACCUGGAGACUCCCGGAAACUGCGGCCUGAUCCACGCCCGACAGACAGACGGAUUCCUGAGGAUGAGCGCCAUGUAUGGCUGGUGCGGGGGUCGCACACCGAGGGGAGGCUUCUCCUAAGAACCUCUUUUGCCCAUCUGAAGAGGGACACCUGCACGUGACGAAGACUGGAUCACAACGUCCUGGCAUGUCCUGAGACUCUGUGCAUGGAGUGCCUUUACCAAGCCUCACCCCGGCAGGCGUUGAUUUGGGCAGGAUGAGUGCUGCGCCAUGAUGAUGGCACGGAAACAAGAUGUGCGGGUGCCCACUUAUAGCAUCAGUGUGGUGGGCCUGUCCGGCACAGAAAAGGAAAAAGGCCAGUGUGGCAUCGGGAAGUCGUGCCUGUGCAACCGCUUUGCACGACCUAGUGCAGAUGACUUCCACUUGGACCACACCUCCGUCCUUAGCACUAGUGACUUUGGGGGCCGUGUCGUGAACAAUGACCACUUCCUGUACUGGGGGGAGAUCACCCGGACGCUUGAAGACUGUGUGGAGUGCAAGGUACAUGUGGUGGAACAGACGGAGUUCAUAGAUGACCAGACCUUCCAGCCUCACCGCAGCACGGCGCUGCAGCCAUACAUCAAGCGUGCUGCAUCCAGUAAGCUCGCCUCUGCUGAGAAGCUUAUGUAUUUUUGCACAGAUCAGUUGGGACUAGAGCAGGACUUUGAGCAGAAGCAGAUGCCCGAUGGCAAACUGCUGGUAGACGGCUUUCUGCUGUGCGUGGACGUCAGUCGUGGCAUGAAUAGGAACUUUGAUGACCAACUUAAGUUUGUGUCCAACCUUUACACUCAACUAGCCAAGACCAAGAAGCCGAUUGUGCUGGUCCUGACCAAGUGUGAUGAAGGGGUGGAGCGAUACAUUCGGGACGCCCAUGGGUUCGCACUCAACAAAAAGAAUUUACAGGUGGUGGAGACUUCAGCCAGGUCCAAUGUCAAUGUAGACUUGGCCUUUACUGCCCUCAUACAGCUGAUUGACAAGAGUCGUGGCAAGUCCAAGAUCAUUCCUUACUUUGAGGCAUUGAAGCAGCAGAGCCAGCAGAGCGCAGCCGCCAAAGACAAGUAUGAAUGGCUGGUGGGACGAGUAGUCAAGUCACACAAUGAGACGUGGCUGAACGCGAGCCGGCGCAUGCAAAGCUGCAGCGAAUAUCAAGAUUACGUGUACUUGGAAGGUACCGACAAAGCCAAGAAGCUGUUUCAACAGCACAUCCAGAGACUCCGGCAGGACCAUAUUGAGCGUCGUCGCAAGGUUUACCUGUCAGACCUCCCCCAUGCUUUAGACGUCCUUGUGCCUGACCUUAAUGAAAUAGACCAUCUGAGCUGCCCCAAAGUAGCCAAACUGUUAGAGUCAAAGCCUAACUUCUCCCGUUGGUUUGUGGUUCUUGAGGACACCCCAUGGGAUCUGACAAGCCACAUAGACAACAUGGAUGACGACCGAAUACCUUAUGACAUCAUGGAAACUGCGCAGGCUGCAGAUGUGUAUUGCAGUCACCUGGAAAAACUAAGGAAUGCAAGAAAGAAAUCGGAGAUGAAAAAAGCCUUCAAAGAAAACCUAGUUGCAUCUCCAUUCAUCACUCCUGGAAAGCCCUGGGAGGAAGCUCGUAGUUUUAUUAUGAGCGAGGAGUUUUAUCAGUGGCUGGAAGAGCCGGUCUAUAUGGAGAUCUAUAGUAAGCACCAAAAAGAGAUCAUUGACAAAGCCAAGGAGGAGUUCCAGGAGUUACUGCUCGAGUAUUCGGAGCUGUUCUAUGAACUGGAACUAGACGCCAAGCCUAGCAAAGAGAAAAUGGGGGUCAUCCAAGAAGUUCUAGGUGAGGAGCAACGCUUCAAAGCUCUGCAGAAGCUGCAGGCCGAGCGGGACGCCCUAAUCCUGAAACACAUUCACUUUGUCUAUCAUCCCACAAAAGACACUUGCCCCAGUAAUCCUUCAUGUGUAGACACCAAAAUCGAGCAGCUUAUCAGCUCCAGGUGCCCCUACCCCUAUGACCGCCUCUAUAAAGACCCCAAUGUAGACAGGAUUAACCUGGUCAUCCUCGGCAAGGACGGUUUGGCGCGAGAGCUUGCUAAUGAGAUCCGUGCUCUUUGCACCAACGAUGACAAGUACGUGAUUGAUGGGAAGAUGUACGAGUUGUCUUUGCGUCCCAUUGAGGGCAAUGUGCGGCUGCCUGUCAACUCAUUUCAGACCUCGACCUUUAUGCCUCAUGGAUGCCUCUGCCUUUACAACUCCAAAGAGUCUUUGUCCUAUGUCGUAGAGAGUAUUGAGAAAAAUCGGGAGUCCAGUCUAGGACGUAAGGACAACCACAUGCUCAACUUACCACUCACCUUAAUACUCGUCCACCGCAGAGGUGACACGAGUGGGGAAACUGCGCACAGCCUCAUUCAGCAGGGCCAGCAAAUAGCCAGCAAGCUGCAGUGCUUCUUCCUGGACGCUGCCUCCACCAGCCUGGGCUAUGGCCGCAACAUAAAUGAGAAGCAGAUCAGCCAGAUCCUGCGCUUUCUUCUAGAGUCCAAGAAGAACCUGAAUCUUGUGAGCUCCUCGCCAAGUAUCAAGGAUUUGGUUGACUGUGAUCUGCGUGUAGUCAUGUGCUUGAUGUGCGGAGACCCCUUUAAUAUAGAGGAGGUGCUGAACGUUCUGAAGCCUCAUACGUAUCGGCCGUCGCAGUUUGGAGUUGGUGGCUCAGUGCUGCUUGACUUGCCGUUAGGUAGUCAAAAGCGCCGGCUGGAGCUGCUUAUCUUGUCCUAUCACGCCUCCUUCAACAUCCGGAAGACAAAGCUGGUACAUGGGUACAUUGUUUUCUACGCAGCGAAGCGCCGUGCCUCCCUGGCCAUGCUCCGGGCCUUCCUCUGUGAAGUACAAGACAUUGUUCCUGUGCAGCUUGUUGCCUUGACUGAGGGUCCCGUAAACCUCUUGGAUAACCUGACCAGGGACCAACUGACUGAAGGUGAGGAGAUCGCUCAGGACAUUGAAGGCAAAUUCCUGAAUUUACAGUAUGGACAGUCCCAGCCCAAGCUGGACAUGUUCUACUCCUUCUUCAAGGAUGUUGUGGAGAAGAAAGUCAUCAUCGAAGCCUCGCAUAUGUAUGACAACACAGCAGAAGCAUGUAGCACUACAGAGGAGGUGUUCAGCUCCCCUCGCGCAGGGUCUCCUCUCUGUAAUUCUCACUUGCCUGACUCUGAGGAAGAUCUGGACCCGUCUCCUCAGCACAUCCUGUCUCGGGACGACAUGAGUUUGGCCGCACCCUCAAGAGACAUUUCUAAAUUGGAGGACAGUGAGAGUCUUCCCUUCAUCUCUGUCAUGAGCACCUUAGAGAGCAAACUGAACAACAAGGUACCUCCUCCCCUCAAACCAAAGCCCGACCUGUCCUACCUAGACCCUGGGUCCCGUGAUGGACACAGAAGGUCCUUAACCUCCAUCACUUGGCCUCCAUCUGAAGCCUUUGACCCUUCAGACUAUGCAGAGCCUAUAGACUCUGUUGUAAAACCGAGGAACCAAGAAGAGAACAUUUACUCUGUGCCUCAUGACAGCACGCAAGGAAAAAUAAUCACCAUCCGAAACGCUAUCAAGCCGCAGUCCAAUGGCAGCGGGAACGGUUCAGACAGCGACAUGGACACUAAUUCCCUGGAAAGAACACGAAAAGCGUCCAUCGUGACCAAACCUGUCCUCUACCGGACCAAGUGUGCCAAACUCGGGAAGUUUUCUAGUUAUCGCAGCAGCUUCAGUGUGGGCAGUGACGACGAGCUGGGCCCCAUGCGAAGAAAAGACGAAGACAUUGGAACGCAGGGACCGAAAGACAACACUACAAACUCCUACGAGGCAGAUGGGGAGGAUCCGCGCAAGAGGAACAUUCUGCGCAGUCUGAGAAGGACCACCAAGAAACGAGCCCCUAAACUCCGUCCCUCUCUGACCAAGCAGAUGGAGAGCAAUUAUUUUGGGAUGCCGCUGGUGAACGUCGUGACUUCCGAGAAGCCUAUUCCUAUCUUCAUUGAAAAGUGUGUGGAGUACAUAGAAACCACAGGGAUGAGCACGGAGGGAAUCUACCGGGUCAGCGGCAACAAGUCCGAGAUGGAUUCUCUGCAGAGGCAGUUUGAUCAAGAUCACAGCCUGGACCUGGCGGAGAAAGAUUUUACGGUGAACACGGUUGCCGGAGCCUUGAAGAGUUUCUUUGCGGAGCUGCCGGACCCCCUGGUGCCGUAUACUGUACAGUCCGAGCUGGUGGACGCCUACAAAAUCAAUGACCUAGAGCAGAAGCUUCAGGCGAUGAAGGAACUUCUGAGGAAACUGCCCAAGGAAAACCAAGAGAUCUUCAAAUACGUCAUCUCGCACCUGAACCGGGUCAGCCAGCAUCAUCACACUAACCUGAUGACCAGCGAGAACCUGUCCAUCUGUUUCUGGCCGACGUUGAUGCGCCCGGACUUCACCACCAUGGACGCUCUGACGGCGACUCGCACCUACCAGACAAUCAUCGAGCUCUUCAUCCAUCAGUGUCCGUACUUCUUCUACCAGCGCCCUGCGGUGGACCUUCCCACGCCGAGCUCCCCCUCCACACCUCCUCUCCAUCCGCCUUCUCCCCCUACGUCUCCCCCAUUAACCCCUGUGUCCCCAUCGGAGAGCCUGCUACCAUCUGAUCCAAACAUCCUGUGACCGUUUCCUCCCCUGCAGUUUGUAGUCUCUCCCGGAGGCAACAUCUGACCCCCCAGCCACUUGCUGACCUCUCGUGGAGGACCGGUGGCAUCACUUUUGGGACCAUUACAGAUGUAAGAGACUUGGAGGCUGAGAUGGACCCUCCGGUGGAAAGAACUGGGGGUUAUCGUGGUACAUUAUGGAGCGGGGCGUCCCUGGUACACUGUGCAAGGAUCAUGAAUGGAUAUCUGGUACACUGACUGUGUGACCCCCCACUUCACACGGGGACCCCGCUUCUGGGCUGUCCGAGCGCCUGCUGUCUGUGGAUUAUGCCCUCGGUCUGGAUCACAUCACAGGAGGAGCACUUGGUGCAUCGAAGAGCAACACUGUGAAAUGUGGCGCUGAGCGGGGGCUCUCCGCGUCCCUCUGUGGUAUUAGUGCCCCCCACCCUUUAGGACACUAACCCCAAAAGGACACAGAACCCACACUACAUAUCUUAGCACUUACAGGCGGCACAUUAGGGGUCCUGGGGGCUGCAUGAAUUGUAUGCUUUGUACAUGACUACACUCAACACGUGUGACACGGGCCGGAGAUCACACGCAUGUUUAACCACUGCUGCUCCGGCUGCAUUUUCUUCUUCAUUUUCGUCCCUUUUUUUAAUUGGAGGCGCCUCAGGAUGGGAUUGUUGGUUCUGUGGUCACUGAUCUCCUGAGGUGCCCUAUAGUCCCGGCUCAUUUUAUAGGCCUGACCCGUAUAGGGUGAGAUUGCACCACGCCCCAUUUUAUCUGACGUGUCCUACUGAUCCCCGUAACAGACGGCCCCCGCUUUUACUGACUUCACAAUGAGCUGCGCCCUCACUACCUCUUUGUCAAGACACUAACUGUCCUUAAGUGUUAAAAACACCCCUCCCCCGCACCUGUAUGACCGGCGACCACACGUAACAGAUCCUGUCCUGCUAACUUAAACCCCCCCUUAACCCAAGUGUGACUUUCCCUCCCCCACCCAGUGAGCGUGGCCCGGGACAGGAGGGGUGAAUGGCGGGGAGCCCCGAGGUGAACGUUUUGGGGGUCAGUCUCGCAGGUUGUGAAGGGAAAGUCUGAACCCACAAUCCCGUGUGCAGGGAGACCUCGCCGCGACUGGGGGCCCCCAUCAUUUCCUGUUCAGUUUGUCGGGUCACUUUGUGCAUGAGAAGGUGACCCCCCCGCUGACGCCUGGAGUCGUAUUCGCUGCGAUCUGCUCAUUGUAAUUGGAACAAACUGAGGGCCUUAAUGUGACUUGUAUUAUAGCUAAUAAAUCUUGUUAUAAACUCCCA